CCUGAUUUAGAUUCGGCUUCGAGUUGUGAAAAUAUUCUCGCUCACACCUCUUUACAACUAGCUGUUUGGAUUAUGGCUUUAGCUGCCUUUAUAGGAAAUAUAUUAGUCAUCGCUAACAAUCGUUCUAAUAAAAAUCGCAAGAUAAGUAAAGCAACUGAAUUGGUCUUUACCAAUUUAGCCAUAUCCGAUUUCUUAAUGUCUCUCUAUCUAAUCAUCAUUGGUAUUGGCGAUUUUGUUUAUCGUGAUCGUUAUGCUCAAUAUUCUGAAGAGUGGCUUCGCAGUCCAGCCUGCGUUGUUGCAUCAUUUUUAAUAUGUACAUCAAGUUUAAUGUCAGUUCUUAUGAUGUUAUUUAUUGGUAUCGAUCGUUACUCAAUUGCUUCGAAUCCAUUUUUAGCAUCAGAUACAAGAUAUAAAAGGACUAAAAUAUCACUACUAUUAGGAUGGUUACUAACAAGCAUUUUCGUAGGUAUACCUAUCUCUAUGGGUAUUGAUGAACCUGGUGAUAGACGUUUAUAUCAAUUUAGUUCAAUUUGCACUCCAAGUAAUUUAAGUAACAAUUUCUAUGCUGGCUGGACAAUCGCGUUUGUUGUACUCCAACUUGUAUGCUGGAUGCUAACUUUAACACUUUACCUUAAGUUGGUAGCGACGGUCAAUAAAACACAGCGUUCUGUUCGUAGCAGUGCUCAAUCGCGCAGCUUUGCGGUAGCUAUCCGAAUAUCGCUAAUUCUAAUAACGGAUUUAAUGGCUUGGUUACCAGUUUAUGUUAUUUCUGUUAUGUCGAUCAUCCAAGGUACUCUAAAUGUAUUUAUACUGCAAUUCGCCGUCAUUUUAGCUAUCCCCCUGAAUUCAGCUAUUAAUCCAUACAUUUAUACCGCUACUGGAACAGCUUGCUUUAACCGCUUA